CGGGACAGUGCAUAUACGGCAGCGGCACCGGGACGGUGAAUAUACGGCAGCGGCACCGGGCACUGGCACCAGGCAGAGGCACCGGGCAGCGGCACCGGGACAAUGGAUAUACGGCAGCGGCACCGGGCACUGGCACCGGGCAGUGGCACCGGGCGUCCCUCAUGGUCCUCAGGCAGCCAAAGGCGGAGACUUUCUGCCAGCGGGCACCCGUCUUCCUUGAUUACCUGCACAGCAUCCUGCAGAAGUACCCAGAUGGGGGGCAAAUCCUCAAGGAGCUGGUGCAGAAUGCGGAUGAUGCUGGCGCUAAAGAGGUCGUGUUUGUGUCCGAUGAGCGGGAAUUCAACAUCAACGGAGGGGGACUGGAGGGCACCCAGGGCCCAGCUCUCCUGACCUACAAUGAUGCUGUGAUGUCACCUCAGGACUGGACAGGGAUUCAGCGCCCAGGGGUGUCGCACAAGCGGGAGGAUCCCCACACUGUGGGGCGCUUCGGCUUGGGCUUCACUUCUGUCUAUCACCUCACUGACCUGCCAGGUGUGUUGAGCCCCCCAUACUUGGGGGUGCUGGACCCCGAAUGCCAGGUGCUACCAGGUGCUGGCAAGCGCUGGGACAUCUCUGCAGCUCAGCACUUUCCCGGCCUUUUCGAGCCCUUCUGGACUGGACUGGAAGCUGUGGGACAACACCGUGCCUCUCCCCAGGGCACCCUCUUCCGCUUUCCCCUUCGCCGGCAACCUUCAGAAAUCGCUGCAGGGGUCUCCGAUCCUGAGCGCAUUUGCAGCCUCAUCCAGACAUUCCUCACUGAUGGCCCUCUUGCCCUCCUCUUCCUCCACCAUGUCCGCCGUGUGGCCCUGCACCGUGUGGCCCCUGAUGGGGUCCAGACACUCAUGGGGACUCUUGUGGCAUCCCCUCAGCCUCUCCCUGUCCCAGUGCCAUCAGGGGAUGAGGGGCUGAGUCUGGCGUGGUGCCUGGUGGCCUUGCAUGGGAAUGGGGUGGAUGACGUGAGCGAGUGGCUGGUAGCCACAGGCAGGGCCACAGAGGGGCCAGUCAUGGCACUGGGCACAGGGCUAGGGUGCUGCCCAGAGCUGAGCCUGGCACACCCCCUCUGUGGGCCCUGCCAAGGGCGGCUCUGCUGCUUCCUGCCCCUGCCAGCCACUGACUAGAUGGCCACGAGGCUGCCCGUCCAUGUCAGUGCUCCCUUCGCCCUCUCUGAUGACCGCCGCCACCUCCGCUGGCCUGAGCAGGGUGAGAAGGGUGAGGAAGAUGCCUGCUGGAACGCCCUGUUGCUGCUUGACCUCCUGCCCCGGGUCUACAGCCACUUGACCGCUGUGGCCAUGGCUCUGCCUGGCGCAGAUGUCUACAGCAUCUGGCCAGACCCCGACUGCAUGCCAAGCUCUGACCGGAUCUGCAGCCUGGUGACCCGUGUCUGCCAGGAAUUGGCAGCUGCCCCUCUCCUGGUGCCAGCUGCAGAGGGAGUGGCAGGGCAUCUGCGGGCGCCUGAGGCUGUGCUGCUGCCGGAGGCUGUGGGGGACAUGGCUGCACAGAAGGCAGUCCGGGCCUUGCUGGUGGCAGCUGGGGAGCCGUUGGCUGAGGUCCCAGCCCACGUGUGGAGGGCGCUGGCUUUGGCGAUGCUGAAGGGCAUGCGGGAGGCCGCAGCGGGACAUAUGCGGGAGGUGCUGCGACGCCAUGGGGCCAUCGACCUCUCAGCUGCCGACUGUCUCUCCCUGCUGCAUUACGUGGCCGGGGAUGGGUGCCAUGCUGAGCUCCGGGGUCUCCCCCUCCUGCCUCGCGCUGAUGGGACCUUCGUGGCCUUUGGAACUGCAUCAACCAUUGUCUACGUGGACACAUCCGACUGCCCCAGGGAGCUCCUGCCUGGCCUGAUGGGGUCCUUCCUGCCUUCAGACCUGGAGCUGGGCUUGGACAGCCUCCUGCGAGGCAUUGCCAAGACAGAUCUCCUUUAUCUCCACCAGUCUGGGUCCAUGGAGUUGGUACCAGCUAAUGCCACCCCGAUGCUGGAGCCAGAGCUGGAGCUGCCCAGAGAUGUGCUUCUGCCGGAGGCCAUGUUGCAGUGCCGAGAUGAAGCUGACCAGCAGCUCCUUGGGAGGCUCCAGAGACCCCUCAUCAGUGCAGCCCACGUUAUGCUGAAUGCCAUCAAAGCCGUGGCCCAAGGCGCCUAUGAGGGGCGGGCGGCUGAGACACAGGCUCUGCUACUGUGGGUGCUGCAGCACGGAGAGGUUGCCUUUGCACAGAGCCCCCUGCUCCGGCAAGCCUGCAGUCAGCUGGCCUUCCUGGAGACCCCCAAUGGCCCUGCCUGCCCGCGAGACCUCUAUGACCCCUGUGACAGCACUUUGCAGGCGCUGCUGGGACCUGAGCGCUUUCCUCCUGCUGUCUUCCACAGUCUCUCUGUCCUCCGUACCUUGAGGGCCCUGGGCUUGCGGCACGGUGAGGGGUACCUGCUGCCUUCAGACAUCCUCUCGGCUGCAGCAAAAGUGAGUCAGGGUGACACAGUGGCUCUGGACAGGGCUGAGGCACUGAUGAAGGUCUGCAACCUCACCAAGGCACUGGCUGGCUUCAGCGCUGCAGAGCUCCAGAGGCCUCAGACCCUGCCGUGGGUACCUUGCUCCAAGUGCACUGGAAUGCCUGGGCAGCCUUUCCUGCCGCCCAGGGAGCUGCGAUCCACUCAGUACCAGUGCCUAGUGGGGUUUGCCAUGCCCCUGACUGAUGCCUUUUUGCCAGAGGCAGAGAAAGAACUGGGGCUGAGCCAGACUCCACCACCAGAGAGAGUGUGGGAGCAGCUGAGAAAGCUGGCAGGGCAUGGGAACAUGGAUAAGGUGGGUUCCGCUCUCCAGCCCAUUUACUGGCACAUGCAAGAAAACCUGGAGGUCUUUAGGACCGCCCCGGAUGAUGCUGUGGUGUGGACUGGGUCUGGAUUUGUCCUGCCACAUGAUGCCGUGCUGGGCUAUCCUGAGGAGCUGGAGCUGGGGAUGCUGGUGCCCCGUGUGCCCCCUGACUUCCUGCCCUACAGCUGCCUCUUCAGUGCUUGGGGGGUGGCGGUGGGGGUGAGUGAGGAGAGGGCAGUGUCAGCCCUGUGCUGCCUGGGGCAGGACAUAAACACACGCAGCUCCAGAGCGGGCACUGCCACAGAGUUGCAGGUGGUUGUAGCUGUCCUGGAGCGGCUGAAGAGUCGGGGGCACCAGGGCGAGGGCACCGUGCCGGUUCCUGUGAGGAUUCCGGAGGGCGCAGGUUUUACCCUUUGCCCAACUGCCUCUACCGUGUACCUAGACAUGGAGCUGGAGGAUGAGGAGGAUGUUCAGGAGGUGGUGCAUGAGGCAGUACCAUCCAGCACAGCCAUAUUCCUUGGUGCAGAGCUGCUCAGUAUGCAGGUGCUGGGGCCAGAGCCAUUCACAGCCUGUGGCCCCUCAGAGCCCAUCACCUUACGCCUCCGCAACAUCCUCCGGGAGUAUGGCGAAGAGAGCGACCUCUUCACAGAGAUGGUCCAGAAUGCAGAGGAUGCCGGAGCUACUGUGUGCCGCUUCCUCCUGGACCUCCGGUGCUGUAGAAAGGCCACCUCUGGGCUGCUAGACCCAGGCAUGGUUGCCUGCCAUGGCCCAGCCCUCUGGGUCUACAACAAUGCCCUGUUCACAGAGGAUGACCUCCGUAACAUCACGCAGAUUGGGGCUGCUACAAAGGAGGGGCAGGCAGGGCGGAUUGGGCGCUUUGGGCUGGGCUUCAGCUCUGUCUACCGUAUCACAGAUGUGCCAACAGUGCUGAGUGGGGAGACACUGCUCAUCUUUGAUCCAAAUGGCACCCAUCUGGGCAAACACAUCCCCAGGGCCGGCUGCCCUGGCAUCCGCCUGGACUUCUCCAGCCGACCACGCAUCCUCCAUGUCUUUGCUGAGCAGUUCCAGCCCUAGCAUGGUAUCUUUGGGUGCUGCCUGCCUGAGCCAGGACCCUUUCUAGGGAGCCUUUUCCGCCUGCCUUUUCGCACUGAAGAGGAAGCCAUUACAUCACAGAUUUGCUCAGAGGCCUUUGGUACAGAGCGCAUCCAGUCCCUUGGCACUGGUUUCCUUGGCUCUAACUGGCUCCUGCUGCUCUUCCUGAAGAAGGUGAGGGAGCUGUCCUUGGAGAUGCUGCCAGACAUGGUCACCUAUGCAGAGAAUACCAUACCUCUGGCCACACUGCGGCGAAAGGAGAUCCAAGACUUGGGGUCCCCUGGGGACCCCCCAAGCUGGGCGACCGUUGAGCAACUCUCAGCCUGUGAGGAGGAAUCCAAGACCAUACGGCACUCCUUGGUUUUGGUGUGUCAGGGUAAUGGGGAACUGCUGGAAUUGUUUCACCAGGACACACGGGCAGGACUCCAUCCUCCACAUUCCAUGGCUGGUGUGGGCCUUCCCCUUGCCCUUACUGAAGAUGGCAAGUGGGUGCUGCGCCUGGAUGGCGAGAAGGGGCAAGUCUUCUGCCACCUUCCCAUGCCAGUCAUCUCAGGGCUACCAAUCCAUGUGCAUGGGGCCUUCAGCAUCCUCUCAAACCGCAAGGGGCUGUGGGACACCGGGGAGCGGGGUAAGUGGAACCGGCUGCUGCUCCGCAAUGCUGUACCGAUUGCCUGGCUCCAGGCACUAGACCACCUCCGUACCAUGCAUGAGGCAGGUGAGUUGAAGAACUAUGAGUAUCAUCUCUUCUGGCCAGACUUCGAGAACACACCCUCGCCAUGAUACCUUCAUCAACUCCAAAAGCAAUACAAGCCCUAUGGCCAACUCUGGGAGUGUGUGGGGCUGCGCCACACUUUCACCUGGGAUGAUUAUGCCCGAGUGCUCUGCACCCUGGCAGAGACACAUGCUGGAAAGCCGCUGCCUGCCCUGGAGUUGGCUCUGGCCUUGCGGCUGGUGUCUUGUGGCUUGAUGGAAGAUGGCAACAAGCCAGAUGCCUACCAGACCCAGCGACUCUUUCUGCCUGAUGAGGAGGGCAUUUUGCAUCCACAGGACAAGCUUCACUUCAACGAUACACCAUGGAUGCAAUUGGACAGAGAUGUCCUCCUGUGCCAUAAACAGCUGUCCCGAGCUGCAGCCCUGCGCUGUGGGGUGCCUACCACACUUCACUGAGCACUGGAGAGGAGUCAACUCAUCACUGAUGACCUGACCCUCUGGGCACAGCCAUUUGGUGCCUGUGAAGACUUGCCAACACGUCUGAAGAACAUCUUAAAGGAGUACCCAGCAUCGGCCUCUGAUAUGGUGAAAGAGGUGCUCCAGAAUGCAGAUGAUGCUGGUGCGGGGCUUGUGCACUUUGUGUGGGACUGCCGGCAGCACCCAGUGAAAGCCACUUUCAGUGAGAAAUGGAACGUCCUGCAGGGCCCUGCCCUCUGCAUCUACAAUGACAGGCCCUUCCAGCAGCAGGACAUUGAAGGCAUUCAGCGUCUGGGGGUGGGCGGCAAGCAAGGCCGGCAGGAUGUCACAGGUAAAUAUGGCCUUGGCUUCAGCACUGUCUUCCGCUUUACUGACUGCCCAGCCUUCCUGACUGGAGACAGUGCCCUGUGUGUCUCUGACCCCCAUCUCUACUACGUGCCCAUAGCCACAACUGAGAAGCCUGGUGGGAUGUUCGCUGUCAACCCUGAAUUCAAGAAGAAUUUUCCAGAUGUUUAUGACACCUUCCUACCCUCCCUCUUCAACCUGAGUCAGGGUGUCCUUUUCCGGCUGCCACUCCGCACUGCAGCUGAGGCUCCCAACUCCAGGGUGUCUGACAUGGUCGUGCGAGACCAAGACCUUGUGGACAUAGAGGAAACACUGGCUGAGGAAGGUGAGGAUUUGGUGCCCUUCCUCCGAUAUGUCCACACUGUGGUCUUCUCUGAGAUCCCCCCAGAUGGGAAACAGUUGGUGGAGAGGCUGCGGGUGACAACAGAGCUCACAGAUGGUGAUGCAAAGCUGAGACGGGGUUUUCAAGCAAGAUUAAGCCACGCCAUGAAUGGGAACGGCCCCACCUCUGUCUCCUAUAUCAUGAAAGUCAAAAACAGCAAGGCCAAGACCAGAACUGUGUGGAGGGUGAUCUCCCAAAUUGGGGUGCAGGAGGGGGCUGAGGAGUCUCCGGUGCUUGAGUGUCUGCCCUAUGGGGCUGUGGCUGCCUGCCUGGAGCCAUUGAACACAAUCACAGGCAAAGCUUUCUGCACCCUCCCACUGCCGUUGAAAACCGGGCUGCCUGUGCACAUCAAUGCCAACUUCUCUGUGGAUGCAGCCAGGCGCAGUCUUUGCUGGGACAGAGGCUGCACAGAGGCAGCCUGGAAUGACUUCUUGCUCCGGCACUUGGUGGUUCCACUAUACUGUGACUUUCUCACCAGGCAGUGGAAAGCCUUGGGGCCAGAAGAGCUCUGGUACAAGUCCCUGAAUCUCUGCUAGCAGCACCUGGACUUACACUUCCUCCGGUUGUUCCCUAUUGUGACAAGGGUACUCCCUAUCUUUCAGGACAUGGUGAGGGAGGUCUAUAAGCACUUGAGUCAUGCACGCCUGCCCCUGGUGCCUGUGUACCAUGAGAAGUCACCUGGCAGCACGGUGACAAUAACCUGGGCAUCUCCAGGUGGAAAGGAUGUACUAACAGAGCCAUACUUUCUUGAGGUGACGCCAGACCCAGAUGUUCAGAAGGUGCUACAGCACCUGAACAUGAAGCUGGUUCCAGCAUUCACCCACUUGCGGUAGAUCCAUGAGCAGUUCAUUGAAGCCCAGGUGAGCGCUGCUGCCUUAAGCCCAGCCUCUCUCCAGCGCUUCCUUAAGGCCCUGGCUCUGCCUGUGCCUUGCAAGCUGGCUGAGACAUCCCUGGGGACCCCGGAGAGCUGCUCCAUCCUGCUGAAGUACUUAGCAGGAUGGAGCAGGUACUCCCAAGGUACUCCCAAGGAUGUGGACAAGGAAGAACUGGAAGGCUUGCCCUUGAUAGCCACACAAGAUGGUUAUCUGAAUACUCUCAGUGUCCAUCAUCCAGUCUUCAAAAACUCCUUUGCCCACCUCUUCCCCCACCACAAGCACCGCUUUGCCCAAAAGUGUGUUCCUGAUUGGAUCCCACCUUGCUUUGUGAAGGAGCUUGGCCUCCCAGAAGCCACACCACUCAUCCAGGAGGCACUGGGUCAGCUGAAGUGGACCCCAGAGGGGGAAAAGUGGCUCAAGGGACUGUAGACCUUCUUUGGCAGUGUUGUCCACGCACAGGGAAAGGCCUCAGUGGAGUUGGAUGCAAACAUGAAGUCAUUCAUGGAUCAUCUCCAGGACAUGACAGUGUUGCCUAUUCAGGGGAAUAAGACAGACUCAAAGCACCUAGUGCCACUAUCCUCCCUCUCCAGAGUUCUUUUUAACUGUCACUCAGAAGUGGAAAAGGUGCUGCACAAACUGGGCAUCCCUAUGCUCCAGUGGUCCCUGCUGCCCUUUCAUUUUGCCCACCUCUGCUUGAAGCCAAGGGCACUGCAGGUCACAGAGCCCAGGGCUGUAGUGGCCCACCUGGCAGACACUGGAGCUGAUCUUUGCUGGGGGGACUUAAAGGAGGAGCAUGUGACUACUCUACUGUGCUUUGUGCGGGGAAAGCUGGAUUCAUGUGCACUGGAGCAGCUCCGGCUCCUGCCUCUCUUCCGGAAAUUUGGUGGGGGCUAUGUAGCAGUGGCUGCCUACCUCAAGGUACUGUUGCUCCACAGACAGUACCUGGAAGUGCCCCUGGGUGCCCAAGCCCUGUACAACCUGGACAAAGAUACGGUGCUGCUCACAUCAGACCCAAUCCACAAGUGGCUGGCCAAGGAUUUGAAAUGGAAGGACACUGAUGACCAAAAGCUCUUCAUCACCAUUGUGCUACCCCGGCUGUCCCAGCUCACGCAGCAAGACCUUAUGGAAGCUGUACAGUUGUUCUUUGUCCUGCGACCCAUCUGUGAUAGUCAGACCAGGAAGGCUGUUGUGGCAGCAUUUCAGAAUGUGCCCUUUAUACCCGAUGCCCGUGGUACACUGCGCUUAGCCUCCUACUUUUACAUCAAUGGGCCCUCCUUCUGCACUCUGGGGCUCCAAAACCGCUUUGUGCCUAAAUCUUUCUUUGAGGAGCUAGGGAUGAAUUUGGCAGUUGAAGAGUUUCUAUUAGAGGCAGGUGUCCGCACCAGUCUCUCUGUAGAGGAUUUUGUGGCACUGGCCCAGGAGAUAGAGCAUGAAGCUGCUCAGGCUACCUGCCACACUGCAAACCUGCUGAAGCGACAGGAGGAGAUGCUCAAACAGCUUGAAACCCUGUUGGAAAAUACUGAGUCAGUAGGUUUCCCAGAGCAAAUUGCCUCAAUCCACUUCCUGCCUCCACUGGCCAUCCCCCAAAGCUUGAGCAGCCUCCAUCCCCCUUUUGCAACCUGCAUUAAGCCUGUGGCCCUGAAAGGCAGCAUUUACCACUGCCAAAAUGUGGCUGAGCUGCUGUGGACAUCAGCCACCAUUCUGCCAGAGUCCCUUGAACUCGAGAAGAAGUUCCUGAAGGCCAUGGGAGUCCUUGUAGAGGUACCCACUGCCCUAGUGGUGGCCAACCUGGAGCAUGUGUGCAGGGCAGCCUGCCAGACGCCACAACAGGUGAUCACACGGGCCAAAGUGCUCCAGAACAUGUACAGCUUCUUGCAGACUCGUCUGAAGGAGGUAGAUGCAGAGCACCUUGCUGAGCUGCCUGUGGUGCUGGCCAAGUCAGGAGACAUGGCCAGGCCAUGGCAAGUGGUGACAUCGCUCCCAGAUGAGGCUGACUUUUACCCCUACCUCCUCAAGCCUGACCCACAUGUGGCUGUCUUUGGAGACCUCCUGCAACACCUUGGGGUAGUGACGUUCCCCACACUGACUCACUACAGCCAUGUCCUGGCCCAAAUCUACCAGGAGAGCCAUGUCAGUGGGACCCUCACUAGUAUUCAGAAGAAGGUGGUCCUGCUGGCCACACAGCACUUCUUCCAGCUGCUGCGGGAGGCACCAGAGCCCCCUGAUUGUUCUGCUGUGGCUAAGCUGUACCUGCUGAGCACUGCUGACUGCCUAGAACCAUCCCACAGGCUGUGCUUCAAUGACUGCCUGCCCUCAGAGACUGCUCAGGCCCUGAAGAAGACCUUUUUGUUCAUGGUUGACCUGCCAGUGACAGGAUGUAAUGCCAGGUGGCUGCUGCAAAUGCUACCACCACACCUGCGGCCACGGGCACUCUCAGAGGUGACAGAGCAGCAGCUGGAGGAGGGCAGUCCAUGGUCAUGUCGCUAUGGCUCUCACUGCCCUGGGCAGAGGCGUCUGCAGACUCUCCUGGUAUCACCAUGGUUUAGAUUGGGGCUGGUGUCCCUGCUCCAGUGGCAGAGUCACAAGGCUGUGAUGGGAGUGGACGGGGAUGGUGGCUUUGCAGUGGAGCAGCUGAAAGUGCAGUGCUGUGAGAACAUCUGCACUGUGCUGCUCCACAAUGGGACAAAGGUGGAGGGCAGCUCCCAGUCACAGGUCAUCCAUGCGUGCCUGUCAGGUGAUGCCCAGCGGCUCCUCUACAUCCGGCAUGCAGAGAUGGUGCUGAACCGGUACCAGCUGAGGGUCCUGGAGACACUAGCACAGGAGAUCAAUAACAUGCUGGGUGGACAGCUGGAGGCAUCUGCCUUGUCUGUGCUGCGUGAAAUGCUAGUCUGCCAGGAGCCGCAGGAUGUGGCCUUUGUUCUGGAGGAGAACAAUGUGGCACUGGUGGGUGCUGCACCAGAGCUGGAGAAGAGGCUGCAGGAGGAGGCUGUGGCAGAGGGGAAGCCAUGGAAGGUGAGUGGCGAUGUGGAUCCCGGCCUUGCAGCCUUGAGGCCACUGCAUGAUGCCAGGUGGCCAAAGGUGUUGCAGGAGCUCUGCGUCCAGUAUGAACCUGUGAGCACUGCCCAGAACCACUGGGGACAGAAAGAUUUUGACUCCAGGCUGAGCACUGAGGAGCCCAUGGCCCUGACUCCGUCCAUCCUCGAGGCCCUACGGUGGCUGCGUCAGGCCACGAGUGACCUGCAGGCAGCCCACAAUGACAUUCGGCGCUGCUGCCCCAACUGGGUCCUCUUCAAAGUGCACCGGGCCCUGGAGAAGGCACUGGUGACUGCUGUACUCUGCCGUGGUGAAGCCGUUGAGGGCCUGGGGGGGCAGAUGGACCUUGCCAAAUGGCUGGAGGUGAAAGAGCCAGAACUGGGGGGCCUGGUACUGGACAUGCAGUGGUUGUGUAAACAGGGCAUGGAUGGAAAGGCCACACAGUACCCAAAUUACCACCCUUUCCCCAUGACCCCCAGCGAGGCCUUCCCCAGCGUGGAUGAAGAGGAGGUCCUGAAGCAGGCACAGAAAAUGCUGGGGACAUUGAAGGACCAUGUGGGCAGAAAGUGAGGAUGUGCCCAGAGAGGGUCACUGGCAGCUGUGCUAAGGGACCACCAUGGGCCCACCAGAAACCCACCAUGGACCUGUUGUGGACUCAUCAUGGACUUGCCACAGGCCUGUCACAAGCAAUUUCAGACUGUCCAGGCCUGGUAGGAGAGCUUUGGAAGUAGAUUGGCCAGGCCACUGGAUGUUGCGGGGUAGCCUGUGCCAUUGGCAUGCCUAGAGAGCAGGGGAAAUAAAGUACAAUAAUAAAUGUUGCAGUGCUGGUAGACCCUUCACUGACAGUGGACUCAAGGGACAUGGAGAGGUCAUGGGUGACUGGUGGUCUGUGGAAGGUGGAGAUGGUGAUGAAGGGGUUUAGAGAACUGUGGUGGUUUGAUGUUGGCUAGUCAGUUGCCCACCACACCACUCCAUCACUCCCCCUCUUUGACAGGGGGAGAAAAUAUGAUGAUGUCUCAGUUUAAUGAGACUGAAGUGUUUUGCUAGGGAGGAUGAGUUAUAAGGUAGACCAAACUCCUCUCUCUCAGCAAUUGUAAAUCUGAAAUUAAGAGGCUCGAAUCGAGGAAGUAUGGAGAGAGAAAGAAUAACAGUUCUUUAUUAAAUGAUAGAUGUGUAUUGGUAGAACAACAAAAGAACACAAAAGCAACUAAACAAUAAUCCUGCACCCAAAAGUCCCCUUCAGAAAAAAAAAAAAAAAGGAAACAGUUCAAUUACUUUCUGUCCUUUGGAGCAAUUCCAAUCACGGUCAGCAGGGGGCGCUGUUGGAUCACUGGAGCAGCAGAGCCUGCAGCGCUCUGUGUUGCCAGCAGGAACCCCAGGGCACGGGAGAAGCUGACAAUGAAGAUUUUCCCCCCACACCGAGGAGGGGAAGGGGAAAAGGGGAAAGAAGGGCAGGUUCUUCCCAUGAAAAACUCAUGCUGUCUGCAGCUGGCUGUGGCCAGGAUUUCCCCCCCCCCUUGUCGAUGGGCACAAACCACUGCCAAAAUACGGGAGCGGAGGAGGGAAAAGAGCGACCCCCUACCCAAAAAGUUCCUCUGCAGGUGGGUCAAACCUCUCCAGUGAAGUCCGAGCAGGUCUGGGCUGGGGGCAGAGCAGAGUGCAGGCAAGCCGAGGCCAGAAAACAGCCAGAUGACCAAACCGAGAGCAAAACAGCCCCAGACCUUUUCAACACACACCUUACCUAAGUUAAGACAAAAGCCCCAUGUCCCUGUUUCCAAGGAGAGGAGGGAAAGAAAAAAAACUCAUCACCUCCCCAGCCCUAGAGAAAGCCAUCAGCUUGAAAUGCAGUCCUGCCAGUUAGUUCAGCAUCUUUCUUUUACAGUGGGACAGGGGAAAGAAAAAUUCCUGCUUGGAUUUUUAGAACAAGUAAACUUAUGAGAGAUGAAAAUCCCAUUGGUUAGAAGAUCACUCACCAAUUACUGUCACAGUCAGAACAGACUCAACUUGGGGAAAUUGAUUUAACUUAUUACCAAUUAAACAGAGUAGGAAAAUAAGAAAUAAGAACAAACCUGAAAACACCUUUCCCCUACCCCUCCCUUCUUCCCAGGCUCAGCUUCACUCCUGGUCCUUGUACCUCCUCCCCCUAAGCACUGCAGCAGAUGGAGAAUGUAGAUUGGUGUCAGCUCAUAACACUUUGUCUCAUCUGGUCCUUCCUCCUCACACUGUUUCCCUGCAUCAGCAUGAGGCUGCUUCCAUGGGAGGCAUUCCUGCACUAAACUUCUGCCAUGUGGAUCCUUCCCACAGGCUGCAGUUCUCCAAGGACUGCUCCACUGUGGGUCCCUUUCCAUGGGUUGCAGUCCUUCAGGGACACACUGCUCCCGUGUGGGUCCCCCACAGGUGACAGCUCCUGUCAAGUCCUGCUCCUGCAUGGACUCCUCUCCACAGAUCGUAGCCCCUUCCAGGAACCUACUCCAGUGUGGGCUCUUAACAGGCUGCAGCUUCUUUCAAGGCAUCUCCACCUGCUGUGGUGUGAGGUCCUUCACAUGGGGCUGCAGGUGGGUAUCUGCUCCUCCACUGACCUCCAUGGGCUAUGGGGCAAAAUUCUGCCUCACCAUGGCAGGAUUGCUCCUGCCUCACCAGGCUGCUUCAGUACCUGGAGUACCUCCUACUCCUCCUUCUUCCCUGGCCUUGGUGCCUGCAGGGCUGUUGCUCUCUCAUCUUCUCGUCCCUCCCUCCCAGUUGCCGUUCCACAGCAGUUUUUACCCCUUUUUAAAUCCAUUCUUGCAGACACUACCAGCAUCAAUGGCAGACUCAGCCUUGGUCAGCAGCAGCUCUAUCUUGGAACCACCUGAAGCUGAGUCUGCAUGACAUGAGGGCAACUUCUGGUGUCUUCUAACAAGGAACACCUCUGCAGCCCCCUGCUACCCAAACUUGGUCAUGUAAAGCCAUGUCGUGGGUUGAGAGCCCAUUAUCCCCCCCUGGAGCUGGAAGAUGGCUAGUUCCAGGGGUGGAAUUCCAGUGUAGAGCCAAUGGGAAGCUUGGUACGCCUCUGCGGAAAUGAUGUAUUUUCGUAAAUCAGAAAAGAAACUUGUUGGCGCAGUUGGCAUUAGAGAAGCCAUGGGGUAGAGACAGCAAAGGGGCCGCAGCGCCCUCAGGGGCCAGAGGGCUUUCCCCUUACUGGCUUUGGCCCGAGGCAAGUGCAGCACUGAAGCCAAGCUGAGCCCCUAGCUAAGACAUGCAGCAGCCAGAAAGCGAAAGAGAGAAACUUCCUAGGAGUUCUCUGGCUGGCCUCACUGGCUCCCCUCACCGCGGGGGGAGGGGUGGUGAUCGGCUGGGUGGAUCCUGUGGCAAGCACGCCAUGGAGUAAAGCAGUGCCUGAAGCAGAAGCAGCAGAGGCAGCAGACUCAAAGCAGCACCAGAGAGAAAGGCAAGCUGGAAUGUUUCUGGGGUGGGACUGACCCAAAAACUCCAGAACCUUUUGGCCUAGGGAAGGGGUGGACCUCUUAGAGAGUUCCGCCGAGAGCUUGCUCCCCGAGGAAAGGGACCUCCACGGACCGGGGAAGAGACUCAGAACUUUAACCCCUGUAACCCAUGAUGUCGACCAUGGUGAGGCGAGUUCGUCCCUACUUGCAGCCUAUGGGUGAACCCUUGGUUGAAACCAAGUGGCCAGUGGGGGGGGUCAGAGAGGCUCCCCGCACCUUGAUGGAGAGAGAAAGAAAUUUUUCGUCUAUAACAAAUCAGAACUGCUGCCUUAAGAUAAGAGAAGAGACACUUCCAAGUGCCGCAAAAUUAAUUUGGAACUGUGCCCUGAAAGUGAAGGAGAGACUUCUUCUCCUCCUGGACUUUAUGGGGGAAGAAGGGGUGAUGUUUGUAAAUACAGUGUUUUAUCA